AUGAGUUUAACAAAGUUGAACCUUAAGUUCAAAUCAUUGACCUCCCGUGUCUGGCGCCAUCAUGAAGCUUCCGAGCUACUGAUGAAGAAGCCAAGAAAGUUGAGAGCCGCUCUCAACAAGGUAAGAAAUCUUACCCGCUUACUUUCUUCUAAGAAAGUACAACAUCCAGCUUCUUUUCCUGCUGAAAGCGAAGCUGUGUAUCCAACUAUCGCUGCAGCUUUGGCAUCCAUUGGUGUUUGUCCAGGCUCUACCACCUUACCCUUUUCAGAAGUACCCACCUUAUUUGACUAUCAUUCCAAAGCAAACAUGACUCCAUCCACUAGUUUUGCUGCGUCUCAUGUUAGUGUUGGUGAGUUGGAAGUGGCAGUUGAUUUCAACUGUCUGCUCAAGAAAUCCGCUUCAUCCGGGUCUACUGCCACCAUCCACUUUAUCAAGCAAGAAACAAUUACUCCUGUUUUCUCAGCAAUCCCAUGUCUUGAAGAAUCAGACUGUCUAUUUGAAAUCGGCAAUGCUGCCGAUAUCUUAGAAUGUGAUUGUUCAUUCUAUGAUUCCGAGUCUUUGGACUCUAAAGAGUGUUCUUCACUCAUCGGUGUCACAUCUAUUAACUGUGACACAUCAAGUACUAACUCUUUAGACAAUUUCACUGAUUUUGUUAAUUUUUCCGACUAUUCGUUUGAUUUCACUAUGCCUGGUGUUUCCGAACCUACUGGAGUCUUUUUAACAAGACUUUCCACCAGCUUACUUGAGUAUCGUGUUGUGCAAAACUGUUUGAUCUAUCCUGAAGAGAGAUACAAAGCCGAGAAGGCUGAUGGUGUUGAAAAGUCUUCUAAUGGUUUUGAAGUAGUAACAAAUACUGUUGUUGUGGUACCGAGAUUUAUGUGUCCUUCUUUUUCUUCAUCUUCCUCCUUCGUUGAGUUCUGCAGGGAAGUUCCUCAUGACGAGAUGGCUUUCCCCCAUAGCCAUCAACCCAUGGGUAAUUUCCUGGAUGACUCAAAGGCAUCAUCUGCUGUCAAUUGCGUUCUGCGCGCGACCGUGGUUGUUGGUGGACGAUGUAAUGAGGCUAGUUCAGAACUUGAAGGAGCAAAUAAUUCGGGUAUCUCAACUCAGUCAGAUGUCUUCAAGCCUCAAUUGAUUUCUGAUACUCCAUUGACCCCUAAUGAGGAUUUGAAAAAUGUUAAUCUAUCUGAAACUGCCACAGAUAGUUCUUCUGAAAAUCCUUGGAUCAACCAUUCUUUGACACAGUCAGAGUUGAAUGAACUUCAAAAUAUAAGCAACCGCCUUAGCUAUUUGACUAACUUUACGCAAACAGAGGAUUUAAUCAGGGCAUUGCAUCGGAAUCUUCUCACAGCUAAAGAAACCAGAAGUCGUAUUCGAAAUGCUGAUACGCUCAAGUUUUGGAUUGAAAAACAGGUAAGAGAUAUACCUGAGUUUGACAGGUCUCUUUUUUUAAGGAUUCAAGACGAUUGUUUAGCAUUGGAAGCACUACAUGGUUGGAUACCAUACAAACUUGAGGGCAUUGCUGAAUUUAUUAUUGAUAGAGCACUAUCUGUUCUCGAUUGGGAGCUUUCGAUUGCCAUUAUGAUGAACGAGAAUGGAUAUACCAACGAAACUAUUAAGCAAAUGAAUUCUAGAGCCAAUGGAGCCAAUGGUAACUCCUGGGCUGAUGGAAAUCAAAGUUCAGGGUUUGAUAAUGACAGUUCAGGGUUCAAAUAUUCUCCAAAGACUCUUGUUAAUAAACAUCUUCAGAGAGUGAUUGAUAUGGAUUACUGA